AUGAAUCGAGUGUAUUUUUCGUUGCUUUUAAUAGUGCAAUUAAUUGCUACUUUGUGCGCUAAUGAAAACAAUCUCAUCGGUGAUUACUUUGCAUUCAGAAAAGUGGAAAGAAUCGUUGGAUUCUCUUGCGACAACAUGGAAAAUAAUUUUAAACUCGCAAAAACCCUCAACAAUAUGUACACCACGUAUAUUUCAAUAUUGAACUCUACGGAUAAAUCGCGAUUAGACGUGAAAAAAGUCUUAAGAGCGGAGUACAAUUGGUUGGGCGUUUUUUUGGAUUCUCGAUGCGAUCGUAAGAGACACACUAACGUCCUUGUGGAAGCAACUAAAUAUUCUAUGUACGAUGAAAUGCACAAAUGGUUAAUUUUGGGUUCGAACCUGAGCCAUGUAUUGGAAAUACUAAACGAUGACGCGUUCACUAUCUCUACCGAUGUUAUAAUUGCUGUGCCAUCAGCGAACAGUUAUAUUUUGUACGAUGUAUAUAAUCCUUGCAAAGAUCGAGGAGGGUCGAUGAAUGUAACGCGCUUUGGAACGUGGAACAAUAAAACUGGAUUAAACGUUACCUUAAAUGAAUCGAAAUUCGAAAGAAGAUCGAAUUUGCACGGGAUGAAACUCAAAGUUGGGGUCGUUAUCGGUUUUAAACCAGAAAACAUGACUUUUCACGAGAUGAUGCUACAAUAUAGCAUGAAGUCAAAAUAUGGGCGAUCGAAAUUUCUCUACGUAUUGUUACAACAUUUGUCUGACAUCUUCAAUUUCACUAUGGAGAUUGUGCAAAUAAGUGCGCGAAGAAGAUUCGACAAUUCCGGACCUGUUUUCGCGGCUUUCAAAGAGAAACUCAUAGAUCUCUCGGCAAGUCCAGUAGCGAUGAGGAUCGGCAGAUUAGAUAACGGAGACAUAAUCGGACCGGUCUGGCCAAUACGGUCGUGUUUUAUGUUCCGCACGAUUUCAUCGACGAAAAUUAAACCAGGACAAUUUCUGAAACCCCUGUCUGUGAAAGUAUGGUAUGUGAUACUGGCCAUGAUAGGAAUCGUGACAACAAUUCUAGUUAUCUUACUAAGAUUAGAAGGCGUGCAAACUCCUACAGAGAUUUAUGGCCUCUCCGUUUUGCUCACAAUAGGAGCUUUGUCCCAACAAGGUUCUGCGUUCGUUCCAACACGUUGCGCAAGUCGUAUAGCAUUCCUACAAAUCUUGUUCGUCGGUUUAUUAAUUUUGAAUUAUUAUUCGGCGAGUGUCGUAUCAAAUCGUUUGAAAAACAGAGGCGAGAAGAUGAAUGAUUCUUUGAUUAGUUUAGCAAAGAGCAAUAUGAAACUUGCGGUGCAGCCUACGUCGUAUAUUCGUUCCUUUUUUCGGGUGCCAGACAAAGAAGUAAGAUAUUUUUACGACAAUCGGUGGUCGAAAAUACCAGAGUCGGAUAGAUAUUUAUCACUAGAAGAAGGACUUAAUCGCGUGGCGGAGGGUCAUUUAGCCUAUCACACGAUGAUCGAUUCAGCUUAUCCGUACAUCGAACAGUCGUUCACUCGUCGAAGUAUCUGCGAACUUACGGAGGUUCAUGUGUUGCGUGCUGUCCUCGCAUUUUAUGCAAGGCAUCACAGCCCUUUUACUGAACUGAUGAAAGUAGGCUUGAUUAAAAUUCAAAACGUUGGCAUUCAGAAACGCGAAUUGAAGCGAUGGGCGGCUAGAAAACCAUUUUGCCCGAUCAACCUACUUAUCGCUGAACCUCUAUCGAUUCACGAAGCUGUACCGAUUUUCGUGUUCUUGUGUAUCUCACUGGUUCUAUCGAUUCUCAUUUGCAUCGUUGAGAAUAUCGUCUUCUGUCUUUUCCCAGCACGACCUCCGAGUUUCAUGAUGGAAAAGAAACGCUUGAUCGACUGGACUUCGCUUCUGCUAUAUUUACGAAACGUGAAUCAGUCUCUGAGAAACUUUUUUAGUAAAUGGAGCCCUUUUCAAAAUCCCUAAAGU